GAAUGCACUGUAUGUUCGCUACAUACUUCAUUGAGGAGUAGAAACGAACGUCCCUGGGCGUAGCGUUUGGCCGGCGCAAGGAGUUUGAGUAGUCAGGCAAGUCUCAUGGUAGUGUGGGGUAUGCAAAAUGGGUCGACUUUGAGCACCUCUUUCUCCUGAAUGUUUUGGCAUUCAGUUCCAAAAAGUAACUUUCUGACCUCUACCAUGACCAAACAUGUUUGGAAGGUUUUGUUCAAAUCUAAAGAGGUGCGGUCAGAAAGUGAUUGAAUUCAUACGACCCUUCAACAAUUUAUUAUUUUGGUAGGCUAUAUUUUUACAGUGUAUGUCAUUGGGGGAAAUGUUCUGCCCUUGAUGACGAGUCCAUAUUUUUUUGUAAACAUACAUUUAGAUGUACAUUAUAUGGAGCAUACGCAGAUGCUCCAGGUGGGCUGCAGUAUUUUUUAUUUUGAAUGAAUUUUAGCGGACAAGGUCAGAAAAUGUGAGACUAAGUUUAUGUAGGAUUUUGUUGUCAAAUUGUUUGGUGAGAGUCAUUAUACAUUACAGUUAUGCCCCAUAGUAAACAUUGCACUCGGUUUACAGCAUUUACAUUUCUAGAGUUUGCUCUGAGCAAUGUUUCCCUCUAGUGGGCACCUUUCGAUGACAGCGCAGCGGUUGUUAUGGACAAGCAUUUCCCGGGAGGGUUGGGGACAGAAAACAGCUGAUCGGGUUCAGUCGGGCUGAGAACACGGAUACGAGUUCGUGCUGCUGUCAGACUGAAUUAACUUCACAGGUGUCAGGGGAGGGAGUAGAAUGUUCUGUAUUCUAAGAAGCACAAUGGAUUCUUGAGAUGCUUUGAUGCCUGACUCUUCCUGGUUCCUGAAGCACCACCUGCAGUGGCCUAUUAAGGGACUAGAAGUGAUCCAAUCCCCCACCUCUGACCAACCCCUGCCCUUACAUUCUCUCAUACUACUGCACUCUAAAAACAAGCUCUAUGCAGCAUUAGUCCAAAUCUCUGUUUAUAUUUUAUUCUCACAUUGAACAAUGUGACCUGGUUCCUCUUAGCUGCUGAGUUUGUACUCUAAGUAACCACCUCACUUCAAGGUUUGCACCACAGCUCUCAGUAUGGACUCCCACCUGGGGACUUCUGUGUUGGGUCCACUUCCCAGAGAGUGUAGGCCUAACCAUCAAUGGUUGCAUUGCUGGCACUAACGGGGGCAGAGGCGAAGUAGUGUCACUGUUUUGGUCCCCCUCCCUCCAACCCAGAGGAAUACAGGAAGGAACACAGGAUUUAAGGACAGAUCGUGGUUCAAAGUAAUCUGGAUGGAUCUGUUCCAGCAGUAGAUGUUCCAUACAGAUCUAGAGUAAGAACCAGUUGGUUCUCAGGUCUUGAAUUUCCAUACAUAGUCUUUAAAGCAUAUAGACCCAUGGAAGAGAGAUUGAUUCUCUGUUACUCACACAAAGAAUACCGACUUGGACCUUUACACCUUGGAGAUGUCUGCCACCUGACCUUGCAGCAGCUUUGAUUAUUUUUGCGUUCACUUUCAACUGAUAAACCCAGAACCAGAUCAGAACAGUGAAACGGGAGGUGUAGGAAGUCUGAGGUGGGCGGUGGUGUGGCAUGGCGGAGCACGGCGAGCUGCUCGGUGAGAUGGCCACGGUUGGGCGUCUGAGUGCCACGGAGCGCCUGAAACACGCCCAGAAGCGGCGCGCCCAGCAGCUGAAGGGCUGGGCCCAAAUGGACAAGGAUACGGCCCGUAGCAAGGCUGGACAGAAAGUGGACAAGAACAAGGGGUGCACGCGCAGGGUGGUCUUCCCCAACAACAUCACCCUGCUGGAGGCUGCAGCCCGCAAUGACCUGGAGGAAGUGAGGGAGCUGCUGAACGGUGGAGUCAGUCCAGAUCUGUACAACGAGGACGGACUCACUGCCCUGCACCAGUGCUGCAUUGAUGACUUUGUGGAGCUGGUACAGUGUCUGUUGGACGCCGGGGCCAGUGUGAACGCCUGUGACAGUGAGCUGUGGACGCCGCUCCACGCUGCUGCCACCUGUGGACACACAGCCCUGGUGCAGCUCCUGGUGCAGUCUGGUGCAGAGCUGCUGGCGGUCAACGCUGAUGGCAACAUGCCCUAUGACCUUUGUGAGGACGAGGCCACGCUGGAGCUGCUAGAGAUGGUCAUGGCAGAGCAGGGUAUAACCCAGGACCGUAUAAACCAGUGUCGUGGGGCUAAGGAGAUGGAGAUGCUGACAGACCUUCGAGCGCUGGUCCAGAGUGGUGCGGACCUGAACGCUCAGGAUGACAACGGGGCCACACUGCUGCACUUAGCGGCGGCUAACGGCUACCUGUUGGUAGGGGAGCUGUUGUUGGAGCACCAGGCCAAAGUGGAGGAGAAGGACACAGACGGCUGGACACCACUCCAUGCCGCCUCCUGCUGGGGACAGGUCCAGAUGGUGGAGCUGCUGGUGGCUCAUGGGGCCAGUCUCAACACCAAGUCCGUCUUGGAAGAGACGCCGCUGGAUGUGUGUGCGGACGAGGAGGUGAGAGCCAAGCUGAUGGAGCUGAAGCACAAACACGACGCCAUCAUGAAGAGUCGGGACCGACACAAGGGCACCUUGCAGAGACGAGCCUCCAGCACUGGCAGCAGAGGUAAGGUGGUGCGGCGUGUGAGCAUCAAUGAGCGUUCCAGCCUGUACCGGCGGGAGCACCACAAGGAGGCCAUGGUGUGGCAGGAGAGAGGCCGACAAGCCGAGCCGCAGGACGACGACGAGGACAGACAGACCGACAACGAGCUCCACCAGCAUGUUGCCAUGGCUGCAGGUGCCAUGUUGAGGGGGGAGGAUGACGAGGGAGGGGAGAGGAAGUUCAAUCUGGGGAACGGUGGGAUGCCCCUGGCCCUGUCAGCGUCAGUCCCAGGGGAGCAGUGGAGCGGAGGCCGGAUGGACCGCAGCGCCUCUUACCAGCUGAGCCCUGCAUCGGGGAUUGGGGAGGUAGGGGACAGCAUGACCCGGGAGAAAUCCCACCAGACACUAGCGGACCUGAAACGCCAGCGGGCCGCAGCCAAGCUCAACAAGUACCCAGCCCCACCCCCCCCAGAGGAGAUGCCCCCUUCUCCCGCCCUUCUGCAGGAGGUGACCCCGUCCGGAGCCGCCCAGGAGACACCCAGCACAGAGGAGGUGCCCUCCCCCGGCACUGUGUACUUCACCCCAGCCAGCGGAGACCCGCCCCUGCUCAAACUACAAGCCCCAGAGGAGGACACCUCCAACAACACUAAGGAGCCCUGCUGUGGACUCAUGUAGGGACAAACACUUCCAAGCACCCACUGCCUGACUGGAAAUUAAAGUGGGCGAUGUGUAGCAAUCAAAAAUGAUUUCAAAACAAAACGCUACGGUGACGACCGGAUAUACUUUUAAGGAUUCAUUGCAGUUGGAUUUAUUCUAAGUUUAUUAUUUGGUUCCGUUAAGCGCCUACUUCCAUCAAUUACAUGCCAUUGAAUGUUUGGUCUACUCUCCAUUUUGGUCAAUGUAGUUAUACAUUCCAUCUUCUUGCACAGAUUUAUUUUUAGCCCUCCUUCCUGAAAUGUCUAAAACAAGAUUUAUCUAAUGGAGGGAAUGUAAAACAUUUUCCAAUAUAUGAGCACUUAACGUUCCUCUGUUGAUAAGGGUGUGGCCAGAGCCAUAGAUUUACAUACAUGGAUAUUGCUCUGCGUAUGUCUAUAUGGACCGCGUAUAGAGAGACCUUAUGUGCCCACCUGGUGGCUUCUAAGAGAACUACAGAUUCCAGUAUUACUCCUUCAAUAGCUCGGAGUACUUUCUUUUGUUUAAUCCCCUUUUUCCAUGAUUGUUUGGGGCAGUUCAAUCAAAAGAGAGAGUUUUCUCAUAUCAAGCAUAUUAUAUAUGAACUGGCCAUCUGACUUAAGUGAAUAAGAUUUGCUCAUUUAAAGCAGAAAGGGGCUAGAGAAGCAUGAAUGAACCAAAGCUGAUUAUUUUACUUUACUUUUUCAAGCUGAUAAUCGGACCAAUGAAUGAUCAUUUUCUACUCAUGAUUGACUGAGCAUGAUUUGAGAUGUGCACUGUAAAUGGAUUUAAGAGAAGGAUAGAUUAGGAUCGAGAGUGAUUGUUACAAAAGGGUACAUAACAAUGGCAUUUGUUGGUGUUAUUUGUUUUUCAUACACACUCACACCAGUCUGUCUGUUGACAGGGUACCAAAGUGGGAGUGUUUGUAGAUGAUGGUUUCUCUUUCUUGUUGGUUUGAAUUUGCAUCAAAUUUACACACAUGUAGACAAGUGCUAUUUCCCUGCCUUUCUACUGAUCAGCAUUCAGCAGUAUCUCAAAAUUAUUGUUUUUUGUUUGUAAAUCAACCUACUGUUCCAGUGCACUAAGAAUUACAUUUUCUGCAGUGCAAUUUGUAAAGAAGGGUUUCGUUUUCUAAAUGAUUGUAAGAGAUUAUCUAAUAUUCAAAUUAAUAUAAGUUGUGUUUUUGUCAUGGUGUUUGUCCCCCCCUCAUGAUAAAAUGACUUCUUAUAGGCAUUCUAUUUAAACUAUUUCUAUGCUGUGAAUAGGGAUGUACACAGUGUACAAAACAUUAGGAACAUGUGCUCUUUCCAUGACAUGGACUGACCAGGUGAAUCCAGGUAAAG